AUGACGGACAAUGUACAAGAUGGCGAGUUGCAAACCCUCCCCGACAUCCUAGCCUCUUCGUCCCAAGAGACCCUCUCCGCCUCGUUGUCUUCUGCCGAAGCCGCUCCAUACAUCGCCCACCUCACAUCCCUCUCGCUGCCAGAGCUCGAGGCAGAGCCAACAGAACUCGCUUCAUCCUCCGCACAGCUCACGAACGCCCUCACGACACUAUGCUACACGUCGUACCCUACCUUUCUCUCGCUGCACUCCACAACCUCCACGCUCUCCUCCUCGCUCGACUCGCUUUCCUCCUCUCUCUCGUCCUUGCUGUCCACCCUUCCCAACCUCGAGUCCAGUGCGCGCGCAUUCGCCCAGGACUCGCGCACCCUCCUAUCUGCUCGCCGGAAUGCAGCCCUCGUCCUCGAACAUCACGACAGGCUGCACGAUGUCCUCUCUAUCCCCAUGCUCCUCGAGACGUCCGUCCGAAAUCACAACUACGCCGACGCCCUCCUCCUAGCCCAACACGCUUACACCCUCGCCGCCCGCUUCCCAUCUAAUCCGCUCGUCCAGUCUGUGAAGGCGGAUUGUGACGCGCGCGUCCACUCGAUGCUUGCGCAACUCCUCCGCGUACUACAUGAGCAGGCGAAACUUCCUGCCCUCUUCCGCGCGAUCGGUUUCCUGCGGAAAAUGGACGUCCUCUCAGAACGAGAACUCGCGCUGGCGUUUCUUUCGGGCAGGAGCUCCUACCUCGAGACCACCCUGCGCGCCGUGGAGGUGGAGAAGAAGGGCAUGGACGGGGAGAGCAGCGUCGAGUGGGAACGAGAGAGCCAGGCGCGUUACCUCAAGAGGUAUGUAGAUGCGUGGCGCGAGGGGGUGCACGACGUUGUCACCCAGUACACCACCAUCUUCCUCGACCCUCCGAAGGGCGCAGAGCCCGCGCCCCCUGAACUUCACAUUCUACUUACGACAUUCACCACGCUUCAUGUCCGUCGACUUCUCGACCUCUUGCGCGAGACCCUUCCACUCGUCGCGGACCCUUCCCUUCUCACCUCCCUUCUCACCCAGCUGACCUAUUGCGCGACCUCGUUCGCGCGCGUCGGUCUGGAUUUCCGAAGCGCACUCGCACCUCUCUUCACGAUCGCCGUGCGGAAGGGAGUAACGCGCGAGUUCGAAGAGGCGACGGACGCGUGGUCCAGAGCUAUCGAUCCCGAAGACACCUCCAAGGCGCGUUCUCGAACGGGCGCAUCGGCGCGGAGGAAGCCCUCACAGUUCCUCCUCGCUCCUGCGGCAGCCUCUACUCCUCCCAUACCUACAGACGCGCAGCUCUCUGGGCUCAGGUCUGCAGCAGCAAACACGCCCCCGGCGAUCCUCACUUCCUAUCCGCCACUCGCGCUCUACACGAAUGCUCUCUUGACGGCUCUCAACGGCCUCCGUUUACUUGCGCCGGCGAGCCUCCUCUCCGAACUCCUCGUUGCGCUCGAACGAUCACUCGCACAUGGGGCUAUCGUACUCCUCGUUCUUGCGCGCUCCGCUUCGGACGAACGCACGAAUGGAACAUCCAACGCCGAGGAUGCGAAGCGUGAAGAAGACGCGGUCCGCGCGGCGGGGGUGGUGUACGUGAAGGUGUUCGUGCCAUUCAUCCGGAGGGCGUUGUUAGAGGGUGUGUAUGGCGUGAAGAUGGACGAGGAGGGUGCCGCUCUUGGGGAGGAUCUCACGGGCGUGCUGAAGGAGUGGGACGACUGGCUCGAGAGCAUGGGGCGGUGACGGAUGAGAGCCUGAUCUGCUGAUAUCAUCGCGCGAAUGAAGUGCGCUCGCUUUCAAAGGACAUCUCCUGUCGACCACAAUCGGUACUCCCCGCCGCGCGAGAUAGGCUUCCCUUUACGGCCGUGGUGUCCUUGGCCUACUCGAUCGCUGUAGGGGCUCCUGGGUGAAAGCAUACCGAGGCCCCGAAAGCCUUCGGUGCCCUGAGGCUGGAGGAGUUUGGGGCAGGAUGGUCUAGAUUCGGGCCUUGUACCCCCAUAUGCUGUCCGAAUAUCAGCGUCGCUUCAUGCCGUACGUGCUGCAUAGGAUGGGCUUGCUAUUGACAGACAACAGUACAGAUACAACCAUACCUUGAACGAGGUAUGGAUACACAAUAACAAAUCUCACAUAACGAGUGUAGAGUGUUCUAGGACCGAAACGGCCCCAAAGCGUUCCGGCCGCUCCUUCAACCUCGAUGAUAACCUCGACUCUUGACACACCCAAAUUCUUCACUCUUCAUGCUUCAAGCUUCCACAUUGUCGAUGGCAAUAACCCGACUUCCGAUCCUAAAAGGCGGCGCGCCCGAGGCGCGAGCCCUCGCGACGCAGAGGGGUGCUCGCAGGUGUCUUGGACGGUGUGCUGGCAGGCGACCAUGCCUUGUCAGAAGAGUACAUCUUGCGCGGCGAGCUGAAGGUGUCGCUGUCGCGCCAGCCCUCGGCGGAGUCGCGGUACUUCUGGAGGAGCGCCUGGAAGUCGCGCUUGGGCGAGCGACCGGCCAGUGCGUCCAGGUACGGACUGAGGGCGGACGAGUAGUCCUGGAGCAAGACACGCGUCAGCCGCUCGCCUUGCGCCCAACCGCCUCGAGCUCGAGAGCGGGGGACCGAGCACGAAUGGGACACGCACCGACUUGUGGUACGCGCUUGACUUGGUCUUGCCAGUGCCCCCGUUGGCAGCGGCGCGGUACUUCUUGCUGAUCCGCGCAAGCUUGGGCCGGUACGCGCGGUAGCGGUACUUGAUCGUCUGCGUGGGCGACGGCGGGAGCGUGAACGGCUCGUCGGUCGACAUCUCGCCAUAGCCCGUCAGACAGUACUCGUCGUCCGAGUCGUCGCCGCCCCUGGUGCUCGUGGUCUCGCUCAUCAUGUCCGCGUCGCGGUCACGGUCGCGGAAACCAGUGGUGGUUGGGGAGGGAAGGGCGCUCUCCCCGAUCGCCCCUGACUUGUCGUAGAACGAUCCGGUGAGGGUCGCAGUGCGACGGAGCUUGCUGCGCUGAGGAGGCAUGGUGAGUAGGUCUGCAAGAGUAUCUGGG